AUGGGCGACAUCAGUGGUAGCGUUGAUCCAUCAAACAUGGCGUACGAGCCUCUCGCUAUCGUGGGUAUGGGGAUGAGACUACCGGGUGGAAUUCAUACAGCUGAAGACUUCUGGAAUUUGCUGGUCGAAAAAAGAUCGUCCAGAUGCAAAGUUCCCAGUGAUAGAUUCAAUAUUGAGGCUUUUUACAGUCCUUCGGGGAGAGUUGGAACUGUAAAAAUGGAACAUGGUCAUUUCUUAGGGCCGACCGACGAUCUACAACACUUCGACGCUUCUUUUUUCUCGAUGAGCAAAAAAGAAGUGGAAAUUCUUGAUCCUCAGCAACGCAUGCUGUUAGAGGUCGUGUACGAGUGCAUGCAGAAUGCAGGACAAUCAAACUGGAGAGGAGGGAAUAUAGGAUGUUAUGUUGGCGUUUGGGGAGAAGACUGGGUAGAUAUCCAUGCAAAAGACAGCCAAGAUGCGGGGAUGUACCGUAUAUCUGGAGGUCAAGACUUUGCAAUUUCCAACAGAGUUAGCUACGAGUACGAUUUGAAAGGGCCUUCUUUUACGAUAAAAAGUGGGUGCUCGUCAUCUAUGAUUGCACUGCACGAAGCUGCUAGGGCCAUUCAAGCUGGCGAUUGCGAUGGCGCUAUCAUUGCAGGAACAAACCUCAUAAUCUCACCGACCAUGUCAAUCGCUAUGACAGAGCAAGGUGUCCUUUCUCCCGAUGGCGCGUGUAAAUCCUUUGAUGAAUCGGCGGAUGGUUACGCCAGAGGGGAAGCUAUAAAUGCUAUUUAUAUUAAGCGACUGAGCGACGCCAUACGAGACGGUGAUAAUAUUCGGAGCGUGAUUCGAGCUACAGCAAGCAAUUGUGAUGGAAAGACGCCGGGUAUAACUUUGCCAAGUUCGGAAAGUCAUGAGGCAAUGAUGCGAAGAGCAUACAAGGAAGCCUGUCUUGACCCUACCCAGACAGCUUUCGUGGAAGCACAUGGCACGGGUACGAAAAUCGGCGACCCUUUAGAAGCAACUGCUAUUGCUAGAGUGUUUAGUAGUGAGAAGGGUGUUUAUAUUGGGAGUGUCAAGCCAAACGUUGGCCACAGCGAAGGCGCCUCCGGAGUGACGUCGAUUAUGAAGGCGGUGUUGGCACUUGAGAAUAGAACCAUCCCACCGAAUAUCAACUUUUCGACUCCUAAUCCACAAAUUCCUUUCGAGGCGUCAAAUAUGAAGGUAGCCGUUGAACCAAUACCGUGGCCGAAGGUCCAAGCCGAGAGAGCUAGUGUCAACUCCUUCGGUAUUGGGGGAGCAAAUGCACAUGUCAUCCUCGACAGCCCUGCGUCUAUGGGUAUCAGUAGUACGAAAAGGAACACCACAAAUGGGCUUUCCGUCAAUGGACAUUCAAUCAAUGGCAACUCAGUUAAUGGACACUCUGUCAACGGGCACUCUACCAAUGGACACUCAAUCAAUGGAAACUCAGUCAAUGGACAUUCAGUUAAUGGGAACUCAGUCAAUGGACACUCUACGAAUGGACACUCAAUCAAUGGACACUCUGCCAAUGGAAACUCAAUCAAUGGCCACUCAGUCAAUGGACACUCCAAACCUAGACCAGCUCUGUUGGUGCUUUCUGCAACCAAUACAGAAUCUUUGAGAGCGAAUGUAGUCAAGCACCAGCAGUAUAUUGAAACAAACCCUGAGAAGUUGGUAAAUAUCGAAUACAACUUGUGCAACCGCAGAGAACACUUAUCAAAUCGUGCAUUUUGUGUCACAGAUGGAUUAUCAACCUUGCAAUUCUCACCUCUUACCAAGCCAAAGAAGACCCCAACACUGGUAAUGGUGUUUACUGGCCAGGGAGCCCAGUGGGCUGAGAUGGGAAAAGAACUCAUGGCCGACUUUCCAUCCUUUAGCCAAGACAUUGACUUGAUGAACAAUACUCUUUCAAAGUUGGACCAUCCACCAUCCUGGAACAUCAAGGAGGAGUUAUUGAAACAUGAGUCGGUAAGUUGUCUCAGCAAAGCAGAAUUUGCUCAGCCACUUGUCACUGCAAUCCAGGUCGCACUUGUCAACCUUUUACGGCAAUUUGGUGUUAAGCCAGCGGCCGUAGUCGGCCAUUCCAGUGGUGAGAUUGCCGCGGCAUAUGCUGCAAACGCAAUUACAGCAAACGAAGCAAUCAUUAUUGCCUACUACAGAGGUCAGGUCACGAAAGGCUUUUCCCGCCGUGGGGGAAUGGCGGCAGUGGGUCUGGGAAGAGAAGACGUCAUGUCCUUCUUGAACCCGGGUGUUUCAAUUGCUUGUGAGAACAGUUCAAGUAGUGUAACGCUUUCUGGCGAUGAGGAUGCGCUAAACGCGACUUGUGAAAUUAUCAAGACUGCACUCCCCGAUGUCUUCUUACGGCCUCUCAAGGUCGAAAUGGCAUACCAUUCACAUCAUAUGAAAGAGUUAGGAGAGGCGUACGAAGCUUUACUUCGACCUCACUUGAAGAGCACGACCCCAGUAGUGCCAUUUUUCUCUAGCGUCUCUGGGAAAGUCGUCAGUAAAUCCGGAACACUCGAUGCUGCAUAUUGGCGGUCAAACCUUGAAAACCCCGUCCUCUUCAAUUCGGCUAUCAAGCUCAUACUUGACACGCUAGCUCAAGACCAUUUGUUCUUAGAGAUUGGUCCCCACUCUGCCCUGGCUGGGCCCAUCAGACAGAUCCUGAAAGCCAAUUCAAGAAAGAACGACACGUAUGUUACGGCGCUGGAACGUGGGAAGGACUGUGGCGAAAGCAUACUCAAGAUGAUUGGCGAGUUAUACCUUCAACACAUCUCCAUCAACUUUAAGCAAGUUGCCCCCAAUGGAACAGUCUUGACCGACCUGCCACUAUACCAAUGGUGCCAUGAUCAGGAGUAUUGGAAAGAGAGCAGAGUGAGUAAGCAAUGGAGACUUAGAAAAUAUCCCAACCAUGAAAUCCUUGGAUCUCGUACAGUGGAAGGCAACGAACUUCAACCGGAGUGGAGAAAUGUACUACACCUUGACAAUGUUCCUUGGCUCCGAGACCAUCAAAUCAUCAACGACGUAGUGUUUCCUUGUGCCGGGUAUCUUUCCAUGGCCUGUGAAGCGAUACGACAAAUAUCCGCUUCCGAAGAUUUCACUUUCCGAAACAUUGUUAUACAGACAGCCUUAGUUAUGUCGGACUCCAAGUCUGUUGAGAUGAUAACUAGCUUGCGACCGGUAAGACUAACCAACACGUUAAACUCUGUCUGGUGGGACUUUUCUAUCUCAUCGUACAAUGGGAGUCUUUGGAUAAAGCAUUGCGGUGGCCAAAUUCGAUCCGGAACUGACAACCCUAAAUUCAAACUCCCUCGCCGAAUUGAGGACCAUCCGCGCUCGGUUCCAUCACCCUACCCAGCAAUGAAGAAAGUCGGUCUCAACUAUGGCCCCACUUUCCAGGGGCUAGAACGUCUUUCUGCAUUGCCAAAAAAGAUGACUGCUUCAGCAACACUGUCCAAAUCGGAGCUGUCAGAAUCACAUUACGCCAUUCAUCCAGCCACUAUAGACCAUUGCCUGCAGCUCUUCAUUGUUUCGACAUGUGAGGGCACUCUGCGAAAUAUCAAUAAGCUAUGUGUUCCUACAAGCAUUGAUCAGCUCUAUAUCUGUGGUGGCAAAAGUACAAGUGGGAUUAAGGCCGAAGCUUGUGGUGCCCAAACCUCUACUGGCACCAUAUCUGGGGACGUGGUAGCUAUUUCAGGCGAUGCUAUUAUCCUAUCUUUAAUUGGAGGACAGUUUUCACCUAUCGAGGAAGAUUCGUCAGACGAAGAUCUUGACACAGUCGCAGGUGCCAGGCUUGACUGGAAACCAGAUCUUGACUUUGUUCAGAUAGACAACCUGAUCCGACCACGACAGCAGUCCACGGCUGCCACAAAGACUCUCGAAAAAUUCACUUUACUGUCCAUGAUUGAUAUUGGUCGUCGAAUUUCUGGACUUGUCACUAAGUCUGAGUAUUUGGAGAAAUUCCGUUCUUGGAUUAAUGCCCAGGUUGAAAGAGCAUCCGAGGACCGGUACAAUUUGGUUGAAGAUGCACAGGCUCUAACUGUGCUUAAUGCUGGAGAGCGGCAGAUGCUCAUCGCUGAACUGUCCAAGGAAAUAUCGAACUCGGAAGUAGCGACAAGUGGAGAACUAAUUUCUCGAGUUGUCAAGAACUGCGAGGAUAUCAUGGUGGGAAAAAUUGAUGGUAUAGAAGUUUUACUUCCUGAAAAUGGACUCACACAUUUCUAUGAUAGUCUGGAACACCGAACGGAUUGCAUCGAUUUCUUUACAGCGGCUGGGCAUUCGAAACCAAACUUACGGGUCCUGGAAAUCGGGUCUGGAACAGGAGGCACCUCAGCUGUUGUCCUCAAAGGGCUGACUUCGACAGCACAACGGAUGUACUCAACUUACACUUAUACCGAUAUAUCUUCUGGCUUCUUCGUUGAGGCUCAAGAGCGGUUCAAGGAUUACCAUGGGCUGGAAUAUAAAGUGCUCGAUAUAUCGAAAGAUCCUACAGAGCAAGGGUUUCAAGAAGGAUCAUAUGAUUUGAUUAUCGCAGCGAAUGUUUUGCACGCAACACCAAGCCUGAACACCACACUAGGUCAUGCCCGCAAAUUGCUUGCUGAAGAUGGCCGUCUGUUUUUGCAAGAGCUUUCACCGCAGGUUCAAUUCGCCAAUUUAAUUAUGGGUGUCUUACCGGGCUGGUGGCUUGGCGAGGCAGAUGGUCGAGCCAAUGAACCCUAUAUCUCCCCUGAGCGAUGGGCAGUUGAGCUUCGAAAGGCUGGGUUUUCCGGCUGUGACGCUACAGUAUACGAUGCUGAGCAGCCGUACCAGUUUAAUGCCAACAUAAUUUCCCGACCCGCCAAGGUGGACCGGAUUGCUCGGCGAAUCACUCUUCUCUAUGAACCCAACCUGAAUAUUCAGCAAAUAAAAUUCUCACUAGAAAACAAAGGUUACUCAGUCGAUCUUUGCACAAUUCAGGAAGAACCCCCUGCUGGACAGGACAUUGUGUCUCUACUUGAGCUUGAGACUCCAAUGUUUGAAAAGAUUUCGGGUACGGAUUUGGCAUUAUUUCAAAGACUUGUCAAAAACCUUGGAACGAAUCACCUACUAUGGGUAACUAGAUCAGCUCAAAUUGAGUCUUAUGAUCCUCGUUUCGGUAUGGUUUUGGGUUUAGCGAGAACCCUUCGCUCUGAAUUGUCAUUAUCUAUUGCCACCCUUGAAAUAGACACAGUCGAUGAGGUUGCAUAUAACGCCAUUACGAAUGUGUUUGACAAACUCAAAAACAGCUCUUCCGUAUCGGAUAUGAACCCGGAUUAUGAGUUUGUCUUAUCGAAGGGAGUUGUGAAUAUUGGGAGAUAUCAUCCCGUGUCAGUUGAGCAAGAACUCGCAGUUUCAGCUUCGCAGUCCCAGGCAGUAAAGCUUGAGAUUGGCAGGUUUGGACUGUUGCAGACCUUGAGAUGGGUACCUGAUCUCCAAAACAAGGUCGGCCAUGAUCAGGUUAUCGUGGAGCCUAGAUGUGCAGGCUUGAACUUCAAGGAUGUUCUCGUAUCUAUGGGUAUCGUGAGUGGGGAUGGUCUUGGCCUCGAGGGCUCAGGAACCGUGGUGGGAGUUGGUUCCGAGGUCACGGAUUUCCAAGUCGGGGAUCGAGUCUUAUACAUCGAUCAGAAUUGCUUUUCCACAAGAACAGCAAUUCCAGCACUGCGAUGCGCGAAGAUACCAUCAACGCUCUCAUGGGAAGAAGCAGCUACGAUGCCCUGCGUCUAUGCCACCGUCAUUCAUUCUCUUCUAAAUCUUGGAAGAAUACAAAAGGGUCAAAGUGUCUUGAUCCACUCGGCUUGUGGUGGAAUUGGUUUAGCAGCGAUCCAGAUUUGCCAGAACAUCGUCGGCGCACAGAUAUACGUAACCGUCGGCAACGAAGAAAAGGUCCAUUACCUGAUGGACACAUUCGGUAUUUCUCGUGAUCAUAUCUUCAACUCACGUGACACCUCGUUCCUACCGGCUAUCAAAGCCGCCACCAAUGGCCGGGGCGUUGACGUAGUACUCAACAGCCUUUCUGGCGAGCUUCUACAUGCAUCUUGGGAGUGUGUAGCUGAGUAUGGCAGUAUGGUUGAGAUUGGGAAGCGCGAUUUCAUCGGCAAAGCACAGCUGAAUAUGGAUCUAUUUGAGAGCAACCGAAGUUUCUUUGGAGUUGAUCUUGCCAAAUUCGACGCUGCUAGAUGUCAGCUAUUACUUGUCCAGAUGAUGGAAUUUUAUGAAAAGGGUUUAAUUAAACCCAUCGCCCCAAUGAAGGUAUUCGAAGGAGCAAAGGUCGAAGACAGUUUUCGGUACAUGCAAAAGGGAUCUCACAUCGGCAAGAUUGUAGUCACAAUCCCAGAACAGAACACGGAUCUACCUCUCGCUUCAAUUGUUCCUAAGUUAAAACUGAAUCCGGAUGCUGGUUAUUUACUUGUCGGUGGGCUCGGUGGCUUAGGUCGUGCUGUUUCGACUUGGAUGGUCGAGAGAGGAGCACGUCAUCUAAUUUUCCUGUCACGAUCAGCGGGCAAAUCCGAUCAGGAUCAAUCUUUCUUCCGUGAGCUUGAGAGUCAAGAUUGUACGGUGCAGGCUUUUACAGGAAGCGUGGCAACAUUUCAGGACGUACAAAAUGCAGUCCAACGUGCAUCGAAGCCAAUCAAAGGUGUUUUCCAGAUGUCAAUGGUUUUAAACGAUAAGCCAUUCCUGGAGAUGAGUUGCUCUGAUUGGGAAACUUCCGUACUUCCUAAAGUCGAAGGAACUUGGCACUUACACCAUGCGCUUCCGAAGGAUCUCGACUUUUUCGUAGCGACUAGUUCUCUCAGUGGCUCUUUUGGGAAUGCCGGUCAAGCUAAUUAUGCGGCUGCGAACACAUUCCUCGAUGCGUUUGUCCAAUAUCGUCAUAGUCUUGGUCUUCCUGCAUCUGUUGUCGACAUUGGUGUCAUGGGCGACAUUGGCUAUGUCAGCCGAAACGCGGCUAUCCAGGAAUCACUUCGUGGAGCUGGGACUUAUUUUCUUCAGGAGCAAGAUUUUCUUGACUCUUUGAACUGGGCGGUUGCAAAAUCUGCAGUGAAACCGAGUCUCCCUGGUCAAAAUCAGCUUUUGAUCGGUGUUCGGUCUAGCAAGUCGCUUUCGGAUCCCAGUAACCGUGUGUCGUUCAAGAGAGACGCACGUAUGGGUGCCUAUCUCAACACUGGAAGUUCGACUUCGGCCAAUACUACCAAUGCAACAGACCAACUGAAGAGCUUCAUGUCUUCUGUCGAGACCGAUUCCUCUAUUCUUAAUGUUCCGGCUUCUCUUGAUCUUGUGACGAAUGAAAUUGGGGUUCGCAUUUACACAUUCAUGCUACAACCAAUCGAAGACCUCGAUGUAUCGCAGACUCUCGCGGCACUAGGUGUCGACUCUCUCGUAACAAUCGAAAUACGGAAUUGGAUGAAGCGAAGUUUUGGAGGGCUAGAGUUUAGUACUUUGGAGAUUUUAAAUGCGGGAACUAUUGAGGCGCUUGGUUUGCUAACCAUUGAGGGUUUGAAGAGGAAGUAUGAGAUGAAAGACGGCGAAGCGAAGUUUAGCGAGAGAGAAGAUACCUAUCUACUGAUGAAGGCACCUUAG